AUGGCAAAAAUGGCAAAAAUGCAGCAGGUUAAAGAACGCGCAUAUGCUCAAGAUAGAGCCAAAAAACCAACCCCUCUUCAGAAAAGGCUAGAGGGUGGUGCUUCGGUGGAGGAGCCAGGCUCCGGUGGUGCUCUGGUGGCGCACUGGCAGUGCUUUGGUGGUGCACCAGUGGUGCUUCGGUGGUGGUGGUGGUGGCUGAAUGGAGCUGGGCAAAGUAAGGCGGAGUUGGAUCGGGCAGAGCUGGGCGGGGCCGGAAGUCAGGCGGAGGGUAGCCGGAGGGGAUCUCUGGGCGCAGCAGUAGGAAUCGUCGAGGAGUGGGCAGCGGCGACAGAGAUCUCCGGGCGCAGUGGCGAGGAUCGCCAGGGAGAGACCGGCUGUAGGGACAAUGCCGGCAGCGAGGGCCGGAGGGGCCGGCGGCAAGCCUAUAGGCGGGUUGGACUGGCAGGCCAGUCAUCGUAUGGCGGUUGGACUGUCAAUAUGGAUUCCUAUGGAAUACCCUUAGAGUUGACAAAAUUAGAAAAUCUUCAAGUCUUGAUUUUGUCAAACAACAAUCUAUCUGGAGCUAUUCCAAGUAGCUUAAGAAACUUGAGAGCAAUGGCAAAUCAAACAGAAAGUGCAAAAGUCCUCAAGUUCUCAAAUUCAAGCUCAAUGCCUUAUUUAGAUAAAAUUGAAAUAAACAACAAAGGGCUAGUUCUAGAAUAUGUGAAAUCUUUGGCAUUGGUUCGGUGUCUUGAUCUCUCAAACAACAACUUCUCAGGUGAUAUUCCUCAAGAAAUUGGAUUCCUCAUUGGUCUAAGGAUUCUCAAUUUGUCAAUGAAUCAGCUCCAUGGAAAAAUUCCUACUUCUUUUGGGAACCUUGUGCAGUUGGAGUCACUUGAUCUUUCAGAUAACAAUCUUAUUGGAAAUAUCCCUAAUGAACUACAAUCUCUCACAUUUUUGAGUUACUUGAACAUAUCUUGUAAUAAUUUUUCAAGUAGAAUACCACAAGGAGCUCAAUGGUUAACAUUUGAUGAGAGAUCAUUUUCAAACAAUGCAAACCUUUGUGGACUUCAGAUCAACAUAAAUUGUUCACCUUCUUCUCCUUCAAAUAAAAUUUAUGAUGAAGAUGUGAGUGAGCACGAGUGGGAGGAACAUGUGUGGUGGGAGGUGGGAAUUGGAUUGAGCUUUGGAUUUGGGUUUUCAAUUGUUAUUGGAGUAUUAUGUUUCAACAAAAAUUGUAGAAAAAGAUGUUUCAAAGUUAUGGAUGACAUUAUUGUCAUUCUUGAUCAAUCUAUUCAAAAAAAGAUCUUUUAAUAAUUAUUUUAA